GCCGCCGAGGUCGACAUGUCCGGGAGGCUGGUCCGUCGGGUCCUCCAGGAGAGGGAGGCUUCCCCGCAGGGCCCCGCCGCCGCAGCCGAGGACGGGCUCGUGGUGGUGGAGGAAGAAGAGGACGAGGAGGAGGCUGCCUCCCCGAGACGCGUCGCCGCCCGGAACCCCUUCGAUCUCCUCGACGACGACGACGACGAGGCAGAAGAGGACAAGGAAGAUGAAGUGGACGCCGAUCAAACUGUGAGUUAUCCAGAACAGAAACAAUCUACGAAAAAGAAGCCUACCAGCGCUGUUCCUGAGACAAACAAGAAAUCAAAGAAAAAGAAGAAGAAGGGCAAGGCAGAACCACCAGCCUCAGCGAAGUCAAGGGAUGAGAAGUCGCUGGAUUCAAUUCUGGAAGAUCUAUCUAUUGAAAAGAAGCCCAUCCAACAAAAAGUUCAUCAAAGUGACAGAGCAGCUGGGAAGGAGAUUGAGACAAGCGAAACCACUGUUGGGACAUCCUCAGUUCUCGCAAUUGAUCCCAAGCACCUCAAGGCUGAAAAUGAGAUGAGGCGCAUAUUUGGAUCAAAGGUAGUGGAUUCACUUGAAAACCAGCGGAAUGUGCCUGGCCCUUCAAGGCAAGUACGUGGUGUUAGGCGUGCUGCCCAUAAUCCUAGAAGAACCCUCCUUGUAUCUCCACCUAGCUUCUGGCCACCAUGGGAUAAGUUAAUGUCAAUGGAUCUUAUUGAGACAAAGGGUAGUUUGAAUUACUUCAGGUACGUAUAUGAUCCUUCUGUCAGCCACGUGCAGGAUUUGUUUGAAGCUGCCAAAUCAGCCAAUGACCUCAAUGCUAUUGCUGCUGUAUUAGCAAGAUACCCCUAUCACCCAGACUCAUUGUUAACAUUUGCUGAUUUGUUCAAAUAUUCUGGAGAGCAUCAAUCCUCAGCAGACGCUGUUGAGAAGUGUCUAUUUGCACUUGAGUGUGCUUGGCAUCCAUUAUUUGGUCCACUGCAGGGCAACUACCAGUUGAAAUACAGCCAUGACACAAAUAAGCCAUUUUUUACAGCCCUUUUCAGUCAUAUGAAAAAUCUCGAUAGGCGUGGUUGCCAUCGUUCAGCUUUAGAGGCCUGCAAAUUCCUUUUGUCAUUGGAUUCUGACGACCCAAAGGGUGCUCUGUUUUGCAUUGAUUACUUUGCUCUAAGAUCGCAGCAGUACAAAUGGUUGGAACAGUUUGCUGAAGAGUACCAGUGUGAUAACUCCCUUUGGUUGUUCCCUAAUUUCUCUUAUUCUCUUGCCAUUGCACGGUUUUAUCUUGAACGUGAUGCGGCAUCCGGAGAUGUUUCUGCUCAUGCUGACAAAUCAACAGCAAUUGACCUCAUGAAGCAAGCAUUGAUGCUUCAUCCUCUGGUGCUUUCUAAGAUUGUUGACAAGGCUCCUUUGAAAGACUCGUCAUGGACCCAGAUACUUAAGAAUGCAUUCUUUGGAUCAGCAAAGCCAGGAAGCCCUUCACUUGAGCAUGUGAUUAACAUAUAUGUUGAACGUCAUUAUAUCAUGUGGAGAUUCCCGGAACUUCAGAAUCUACUCAAAGAAGCUGCUCUUUUGGUGAUUGAAUCACUAAAGCAGGAUAGCAGAGAAGCCAAGGACUGGGCAUGUGUUAGGAAAGAGGCAUUUUCUUCAGAAAAGAAUGAGUAUUCUCAUCUGCUAGUCUCAGACUUCUCUGACACAACACCAUCACUCCCUCCGGAAGAACUGCGGCCAUUUAUGGUUGGUCCAGGAAUGGGUGGCCCAGGAAUGGGUCCAGGAAUGGCGCAUGAUAUGCCACCCAUUGAACAAGAAGCUGGACCUGAGAGACUCCGUGUCCCCCGCGAAGUUGCAGGGCGAAAUGCUGCGUUGGUCUUCCUCGAAUCAUUGCUCCCAUGGGUCGACUAUGGGGUCAAUAAUCAUGACGAAAAUGAGCAAAACAAUGACGAUUGAGCCGUUGAAAGCACGAAGUGACAUGGAGGUCAUUGUUGAACUCCAGGACAGUUGGAGUAUGUGAUUCUCGAGAAAAGUUGCUGUAGAUCACUUGCGAUUGUCCUAGUAUUUUUCAUGGCCUUGGCAAGGUUAUACAUGUACAGCUGAUCUGUUAAAUUGCUAAAAAAGCGCAUGCCAGUUUUGGGUCGUUUUAGAAUUCAAGUACCAUCAUCGUUUGAGUUGAUAUAUCAAAUUCUGCAACAGAUCUGUCGGUCAUGCUUUAUUUAUGCUUA